CGGUCGGUCAACACGUGGGGAAGAGACACACAUACACACACUGAGCGGGGGGGACACGUUGGGAGUGUGCUGGGCCCUGAAUACGUAACGUUAAUAUAAUAAGAGGCAGUUCACGGUGGCGGUGCGAAGGACGCAUAAACACAGUGUAGCUGCUAGGGUCCAGAGGAGAUGCCACUGAGGUUCCGGUCCUUUGUUCCGUAUACGCUUUCUGGAGUGCUGGCGCUCAUAGGCUGGUGGUGGUACAUCUCCCGCAAGAAAGAGCAAAUCACCAGCCACGACAGUGAGGGCUCCGCUAUGGGCUUGCGGACCUCCUCUGGGGAGGGCAGCAAUGGGAUGGUCGAUAAGGGCUGUCCCACAGAAAGCACCACACAUCAAAGAACCAGUCGAGAUAGAGUCAAAGCCAAAGAGCAACAACCUGUUGAGCAGGAAGUUGUAGCAGAGAUUCACACACCACUGCUAAAAGGGACCUCGGGAGAGGCUCUUGGCGCUCCUCCAGUUGUCUUGGCGAGUGGACAGCUAAGUGUUUCUCAGAGUAAUACAAAAUCAGUCCCCCAACAAAGCAACCCAGAGACCACCAGGCCGACAUCUCCUGUCUCAUCUUCAACCCCAACAAAAACAGUGGAGGAGAGCCAUCAUCACAAGGGACCAGAGACAGCAACUGAAAGCAUACCCUCAAGCCAGAUACCAAAAGCAAUAGAUCCAGGGAAUACUGCCUCAAUUAAGAAGCAGGGUGAAAAGGAACCACUAAACAGGCAGCGGUUUGAAGAAUUGUCCAAAGUGGAGCGACCUGAGCCCGAGGGAGAGGUGGCUGCUGUUACCACUGCACCAACUUGUGCCGACUUGACAAAUGUUGAGCUAGCCUCCACUACAUCCUCAACUGAGGACGAGGCUGGGAAGCUGGAGAACAUCAGUCGAAAAACACCCUUGGCCCUGUCCUACUUCACCAGCACACCCUUUACAGAAAGCUCCACAGAGGCUCGGCACCAUGAAAACGGAGACCUGGGCUUGCCGUCCGAGACCAGUCCAGACAUGCAGGAGCUCCAGCGUCUUGCAGCAGGGCUGAUCACUGAGGUCAUCUCGGCAGCCACCCAGGAGGUCAUGGCGGUCAAUAACUGUGAGUCCUGGCACAGCAAGGGCCCAGAAGCUGUUGACAGCAGCACACUGGCUGUAAAUGGAAAAGAAGACACCAGAGAAAAGGAGCUAUGUGUACCUCUGGAAAGCGCUUCAAAAAGUCACACAGAGUCCCAGUCGGCAAAGAUCGCAAAAGAGAUGGUAAACGGGUGUCUGGCACCGUCUCUCUGGAAGAUACCAGAGAAUGACAAGAGGAGAACUGAGAGUGAGGAAAGAGGCUUGUUGACAAUGUCAUCUGGGGAACCGUUGGAGUCGACACCGGUUCUGGCUAAGCUCCAGGCAGAGGAAUCUCUGGUUGAAGACUCAGGAUGUAGUACAUGCCAGUCUGAGGAUGGAAUUAGUGGUGAGGACCUCCAUAGAACAGGGUUAUCCUCAGUUGUGUCUGAGAGCAAAGAGGAUCUCAUUCAAAUUUCAGGGACACAUAGGGCUUCAGAGGGUAAUGGAGAUGGGCUACUGGAGAGUUCUGCUCUAUCUGCCCCUCAGGAGUCUGCACUAACCACAGAAAAUGUGGCUACGAUUUGUGAAGCAGCACGGUUGAAUGGCAUGGGUCUUCGGAACAACGCCGCUAACGAGGUAGAAGCGGACCAAUCUGGAGGUUCAGAUGUGAAUAGCAUGGAUUCAGUGGACAGCUGUUCCACUUUGGGGAUUGGAGACAGCCAGCCGAGUGCCAGCCAGGCCUGUCAAUCACAGAGUUCAGAGCUUGUUGUGUGGGAGAUUGAGGUGCCAAAGCAUCUAGUUGGAAGGUUAAUCGGUAAACAAGGGAGAUACGUGAGCUUCCUGAAGCAAAGCUCCGGUUCUAAGAUCUACAUUUCAACCCUGCCUUACACUCAAGAGUUCCAGAUCUGCCAUAUAGAAGGGACCCAGCAGCAGGUCGAUAAGGCGCUGGCCCUAAUCGGGAAAAAGUUCAAAGAUCUGGACCUGACCAAUUUGUAUGCUCUACCUCCCCCACCGCUAACACUGCCCUCCCUUCCCAUGACUUCCUGGCUUCUGCUGCCGAACGGGGUGACUGUGGAGGUGAUUGUGGUGAAUAUUGUCUCGGCUGGUCAUGUGUUUGUCCAGCAGCACACUCACCCGACAUACCACGCCCUGCGCAGCCUGGACCAGCAGAUGUUCCUGUGCUACUCACAGCCUGGCACGCCCGCCCUGCCAUCACCAGUUGAAGUUGGUGUGAUUUGUGCGGCCCCAGCUGUCGAGGGAGCCUGGUGGCGAGCGCAGGUUAUCUCAUUCUACAAAGAUUCAAAUGAAGUAGAGAUCCGAUAUGUAGAUUACGGAGGCUAUGACAAAGUCAAGAUUGACGCUCUCCGUCAGAUCAGGUCGGACUUUGUGACAUUGCCGUUUCAAGGUACAGAAGUGCUAUUGGACAACAUCGCCCCACUUCCAGGAGAGGACAGGUUCUCCGCUGAGGCCAAUUCAGCACUUGAAGAACUGACAAGAGGGGUUCCGUUGCUGGCACAGGUCAUCAACUAUGACAACAAUACAGGACUUCCUUUAGUACACAUGUGGAACAUGGUGGGAGAGGAGCUGGUCCUGCUGAACCGCACUUUGGCAGAGCGAGGUCUUGGCACCUGGGUGGACAGUUUCUGAUCCUCCAGUCAGUACUCCCUCGUUCCUCCUCUCCUCACUCACCUCUGCCCACCUGCCCCCUAAUUAUCAUCACACAUCAUAAAGAUCUGCAGGUUCUGUCCUCCUCACCCCACUAUGAAGUGCACAUCACUGGCCAUGAGAAUUUCUUGUUUUUUGGUUUGCUGUCCAUGCCUGUUUCUUUUUUUUUUUUUUUUACCCCUUUCAUAAGAAAUCUAUUUGCUGUAUAAAAGAAUAAGAGAACCAAGUGUCAAUGACCACCCAAUAAUGAUAGAAGUUUCUUGAAUCUGUGUUCUUGUAGAUUUGAAAAUUGGUACUAAAUAAAGUUUAAUCGUUCUCCAUCCGACCAGACUCCUUCCAGCACAAACCCGGAUUAUCAUUGCUGUGUAUGAAAAAACUGAUAAACAAAAAAGAUUAAUUGAGAUAACUUGUGCCGUUAAAGCUUUGUGCUGUUGUAAUGUUGGGACUACUUGACAUGAUGUUCCUCCAUUUUCGUGGCUUUGUCCCAUUGUCUCACUUUCCAACUAGGUUGGUUGUGGGAAGCAAUUAAUUAUUUUAAGGAAUGGUUCUUUAGAGCCAAAGCAAAAUAAUUGGGUUUGACUCUAGACCACUCUAAGGAAGAACAACUGCAAGUCCUCCAUUAUAAUGUCUGUCUGUAUAACAGUGUGGCCUUAGAGGGGGAGACGAAACCGAUCCCUUCACCCCCUUUACCACACUCGGGAUCUCUAGUACUCUUCCUGCAAUCUGCCUUUGACAGGAAUAGGCCUGACACCAAGCGUCACUUUGAGGUCACACGGUCUUUGAUUUACUUCUACUCAAAGUCUGUUAAUCCAAGAGACAUCUAGGCCAUCUUGGCCUCUGAGCCUUUUUAGGGAACACUUCACUUGAGUCCUCCAGCCCUAGAGCAUCACUAGAGCUUGAAUUGGUACUGCAAUGGAAGGCAAAAUGGCAUCCUACACCCAUCCUGAACUGUGGACACAAAAAUGUCUGGCCCGAAGGAACUAUUACAAAAACAAGAACACUACUGUGUGACCGGGACAGCGGGGCUUCCCUACUGGGUAGAUGAACUGCAUAUAACGAAUGGAUCUGUUUGUGUUUUUGUAAGCAUGUAAUUCUGCUCCAAAGCACGUCUUUGGCAUUGUACACUGUGUCGAUUCACACAUUGCAUUCGCAUUUCACUGUGCAUCAUUGUAAGUGUUAUGAGUCGCUAGGUUUCUUCUCGCUCAGAUCUCAGUCGUGCAAUAAAUUCACGUCUAGCUUCUGACCCACAACCAUGUUCAAUAAAUACUAAUUGCCAUUACUGACAUCUGCUACAUAUUGCAUUCUGUAAAUAUCGUGAUACACUCUCCAAUCAUAGGAAUCAACCUACCUGGCAUUCAUGCACCAAUUGGCUAUUAAAAGUUCCCAAUACACUGGUCUUGAAAAAGAUAAAAGCUUUAAGCCUUAUGCACUGUUUUUUUUUAUGUUGGUUUUGCGUAGUAUCUGAUUUAAGUCUGCAUUAUGACUGUAUCUGUAAUUUAAAUACUAAUUUUCUUCUUAUUUUUUUUUUUUUUUCAUUGUUUAUCAUUUUCUGUUGGAUUAAUUACUUUUUGGCUAGAACUUGCUACUUUUUCUGCUGCUUAAAUAUUUCUAGUCUAAUGUUUGUUGAACUCCAGAAUGUCUGUUUUUGUUGCUUUAUGGCUUUUAGCUUGGUCAUGGGUUGUCUAAUUGGUUUUGAUUGUUAGCACUACAGUUUUAGACUCCUUUUGGUUCUAAAGUCCUACAUUAUGUCUGCUAGCAUUUAUCAGUGUCACCUCGAAGCUUUUUUAUUAUAGUUGGGUGCGUUUGAAUCUUUGUAAAACCCCUACAAUGUUUAUAUUUGGCCUCAGACUGAAAUUUUCUUGACAAAGGUAGUUCGGGGUGGUUCACCCAAAAAUAAAAAUUAUUUUAUUCAUUUUCCUGACGUUUCAAACUCAAUCGAAGGAAAUUUUAGGGAGAGUGACUGCCUUAGUCACCAUUCACUUUCGUUGUAAGUGGAAAAAGAUGUAAUGAAAGCGACUAGUCACUGAGACUAACAUUUUACCUAACAGCACCUUUCGUUUUCCAGAGGAAAAAAGCAAAUCAUACCGAUUUGGAGUAAAUGAUGACUGUUUUGAUUUUUGGGUGAACUUUACAUUUAAUCAGACUGUUCCGUUUAUUUUGAAAUGGUAAAACGGCACACUAGCAGUAGAAUAGAUCUUAAUAUACGAAAACUGACAGCAUUUGAAAGUAAAAUCGAUUAAAAAAGGGUUCGAAUUCUGUGAGUGGCACUGCACGAGCAAACACUUUUCGGUUAUGCUACAUUAUUUUUUUUCUGCAAUAUUUCUCUCAAAUGUUUGAGGUUCUGGAGUGUCUUGCAACCAUCUCAGGUAUGAGCUCUUCAUUUGAUACCGUAUUCUGUGUUACAGGACAGUUAUUAUUAAUAUUCUUUUUGGAAUGGAUGUGCUUGACCUGUUUCAGUGUGUACAGCCUAUUGUAGAAUUUCCCUGUAUGUCAGCCUGCAGUAUAGUAGGUGAAUGAUCAAGGAACCAUAUUGACCUCAGAGCUGAAUUCUUUCAAUCUCCUAUAUAUAGGUCUGCAUUUUCUUAUAAAUUAUUGAUUAUGCGCUCAAAUCUUAACUGACAUGGUUUCCUACCACCAGUGAAAAUGUGUCCUUUAUUUUCCUACCCAGCUCUCCUGUAAUGAAAGAUCACACUAUUUUAGACUUGUCCAGGUGUAUAUGUAAGGGGAAAAAAAGGGAACAUGUUUUUGUCCACAGCCCAUUUCCAUAAUGUACUUGUUUGUUCUCUGUUGGUAGGAAUGGUUUGCACUGUUUGCUUAGCUAGAUAAUUAAUCAUUUGAGUAUUUAAGAGUGCAAGCAAUUCUACAUAGACAUGUACAGGUCAGUUUUUUUUUUUUGUUGUUGUUUUUUUUUGGCCAGACUCAUUAAAAGGUUUGAUUCUUUGGUUGUACAGAUCUAUUGAAAAAAGAGAAUAAAGUUGUUAAAAACAUUCUAUGUUGUAUUUUAGUUUUGAAGUGGACACUUCAGCAUGGUUUGUAUCUGUUGUAGUCAAUGAGUUAUUUUAGAGUGAAAAGUUUAAUUUGCCAUCAAAUGUUUGGAUACACCUAUUUAUUCUUUUGUUUUCCAAUGUUUUAGAAUAAUCCAAAUGAUUAACACUAAUGUAUGGGAAUUCAAGCUAAAGUGUUAUUUCUGCAACUUUAGCGUCACUAAACGGAAUUGCGAAGUUAAAGCAAUAUUCCGGGUUAAGAUCUAUCAACAGCAUUUGAAAAAUGAUCUUUAUUUCACUGUUACAGUUAGGCACUUACAGUGGAAGUAAAAAAAAAAUGGAUAUUACCUUACACAGAAAAGGUUAGUAAGCAGUUUCUAUCAUACUUAAACGUAAACGCAUAUUGAUUGUUUUGUGGCUGUACACCUGUAACUAUUUUAACGUUUUUAGAUUUGUCCCAUUCACUUCUAUUUGAACGUUUCUCACUAUCCAAAGUCCCUUUCAAGGCAAGUCGGUUUUAUAAAAAUUGUUUAUAAACUAUUUUUAUUUAUUUAUAUGGAUACAAGUGCAUAUUUAUUUGAAUGGGGAUGGACCAAAAUCUCCUAAACGUUUGGUUAAGAUUAUGAUUGGAGAACACAUUUCAAAUCAGCUGUAAAUUCUGACAACAAUGUUAUAAUACUUUGUGUUUCUUUACCUCCGUUCAUGCAAAAAACACUAUCCUGGCUGUUCUAGCUAAUGCGCAUGCACGUUGUGGAGUUGAUUGACAGUUGAUGUCUUUAUUUAAAAGGUGAUUGGCUCUUUGGCCUGUAAUGUUGGACUUCCUUUUCGACAUCCACCAUAUUGGCCGUUCAAAUUUCUCAUUAAUUUUAAUACAAGUGGUCUGUCUUGAGCUAAACAGUCUUUAAUUAUGAUCAAUGGACAUUAUAAAUCGGCAGUUCAAUUUGACAAUAAUGGCAUCAUAAAUUGUGCUUCUUCAGCUCGGGUCAUGCUAACAAACGCAAUUUUUCAGGCCGGUUCAGCUAAUGCGCAAGAGUGUUGUGGAGUUGACUGACAGGUAAUGUCUGUAUCUAAAAGGUGAUUUGCUCUUUUACCUGUAAUGCUGGACUUCCUUUUCUACAUAUGCCAUAUUGGGCAUUCCAUUUUCUCCAAUUAAUCUUAAAACAAGUGGUCAAAAAAAAAGUAAUGUCGGGCCUGGGUAGCGCAGCAAGUAAAGACACUGACUACCACCCCUGGAGCUGUGAGUUUGAAUCCAGGUCGUGCUGAGUAUUUGAGCCAGGUCUCCUAAGCAAUCAAAUUGGCCAGGUUGCUAGGGAGGGUAGAGUCGAUUUACAUGGGUUAACCUCCUCGUGGUCACUAUAGUGUGGUUCUCAGUUGGGUGCGUGGAUGCAGCAGAGAAUGGCGUUAAGCCUCCACAUGCGCUAUGUCUCAACCAGAGACGUUGCAACGGGGUAGGCAAACCAGGCAAUUGCCUGGGGCCCCAAGCUGUAAGGGGGCCACCUCAAGGAGGCUGAUUACAUUGCACCACAGCAACGACAACAUGGAACCCCCUUAGAUUAUUUAAUGGUACAAAACUCUGCAAUGACACAUCCGGAACACAAAUGCUGUUGAUUGAGUUUAACUUGAAUUGAAUCCUGGAUGUUCCUUUUUAAAGGUUUUCAAACCGGUCCAAAAUGUCACACUGGUACGGGAAAAAAAGAUUUUCCUGACAAACAUUCACGCCGUUGGUUGAGUUUUUGUUGCUGGACAGACAAGCAAUUUUGAAAAGCGCUACAAAGCCAGUUUACACUUUUUGGUAAAAAUAAAAAAAGAAAUCGAUCAACCUACUAAUUGCUUUCUUAUAGUUAUCUCUACAUAUUAAGAUAGGAUAGGAGGAAUUAUAUAAAAUAUUGAGAAAAAAAGUUACACCCUUUAA